CGGAGGAGGGGAUCUGCUUGCCCCUCGUUGAUUCUCGGACGCCAGUCAAUUGGGAUCGGAAAAUGUCAGCCCUGCAGACAUUUAUGCUGGUCGUGGACCACGACAAGCAAGAAGCUAAGCAGAUCGCUGAACGAAUUGCCCAUGAUGUUGUGAACAAGAAGACAACCUUGAUCGAGGUCGUGCAAUCUCUAGGAGAAUAUAUCAACGAUGAAGAUCCAAUCAUACGAGGAAAAGCAGUGUCCUAUCUCUCAGCCGUCGUCAAACCCCUCCCUUCGAACUUCCUCACAAGACAACAAGUUCAGGUUUUGACAACCUUCUUUUGUGAUCGUAUCGAAGAUGCAGGUGCUAUCCCUGGAUUGGAGACAUUGCAGAACGCAGAUAGAUUUUACAAAGAACUGGCCGAAGAAGUGGCGCGAGCAAUAUUUGAGCAUUUUCAAGAUCUACAGUCUCGGUCACAAUCCCAAAGAUUCCAGGUCUAUCAGUUAUUAAAUGAUUUGAUGUCCAAAUAUCGAAGCGCUCUAAUCGGUAUGGGUGAUGAAUCGCUUGUUGGGAUAGUCGACCUUAUGACCGGGGAGAAGGACCCCCGUAAUCUCAUGCUCAUAUUUUCGAUACUGAAAGUGGUGAUGCUAGAAUGGGAUAUCUCAACUCAUGUCGAGCUCCUUUUCGAUGCAGUAUACAACUAUUUCCCAAUCACCUUCAGACCCCCGCCGAAUGACCCAUAUGGAAUCACUGCGCAAGACCUGAAAGACCGUCUUCAAGAUUGCGUAUCCUCAACAGGGCGCUUUGCUCCACACUCCAUUCCAGCUCUUUUGGAUAAACUCGACUCCACUUCCCCGAAUGUUAAGAAAGAUGCACUUAAUGCGUUGAUCGCCUGUAUCUACUCUUAUGAUCCAGACUCAGUAUCCAAAUACUCGAUCACGAUCUGGGAUACUUUGAAAUUUGAAAUUCUCAACGCCCAAGAAGAAUUUCUCUCCGAGCUUUCCCUGCAAGCUUUGCAAGGUAUUGCUAAAAGACUCUCGGAAGGAGUCACGGAAGUCACACAAGAACUGCCACUUGCACAAUUCCUGAAGCCCAUCACAGCGGAGUGUAAUGACCAACUGCGAGAACCUCAGCAAAAGCAGGCAAAGCCUGCCCAGCAAAUUUUGAGGUCUACGUCAGCGUCUUCCACAGCCUCGUUCACCUUGACGGUUCAGACUGUUGUUGCGCCACUCUUGACAAUCUACCAGGAAGCCGAUGGUAUUGCUAAACAAAGAGCUAUACUAGAAACGCUUGUGGUCUUGUUUGAUUCGGCUAUUGAAGUGUUUGGGGAAUGGACAACGCGCGAGCCUAUGGUUGCUGCUCUGAAUCCUUUGCUUGAAUUCAAGGACCAGUUCUCAGAUGUUUUUGGUCAGGCCUUGAUGGGGGCUGCAAAGGAGGAGGUAUCUUUCCGAGUUUCCGCCCUGAAAGGCUUUCUGCGCCUUUCCACCUUGCGUGAAUUCUUCCAAGACAACGAAGUUGGAUUAUUCGUGCAAUAUCUUGAUGAAAUUCUGCUCAAAGAAGAGUCUGCGGGUCGGGAUGAUUUGAAAAAGGAAGCGAUUGUAGCUUUGGCUGAGAUAUCGAAGCACAAGCCGCGACUGAUCAUGGAUAUAACUUUCCCUGCAUUUGUGGCGACUCUUCCCGAUAGUGAUGAGGAGGGAAGUGCCAGCUACAUGACAACACUUGAACAUCUUGCACAGAUUAGCGUCGAAAAAGACAUCUUCGAGACAUUAGUCCGUCGGCUACUCAGCAAACUUACUAUUUUGCUGCAGAAGGAACAGCCCGGAUCUGUCGCAUACCCCAGAGCCAUUCUUCUGACCAUUCUAUAUGUUAUGGACCAAAGGAAAAUGGACCAAGAUCCAAAUUUGGAUCUUUACUACGAAAAGAUCGUGGUCUGCCUCUGCCGUAGCGUUGCAGUUUCGGCUUCUGGGAAAGCCAGCAACAGAAUAUUGAACGAUUCGACCGUCUUGGAUACGCUGGGAAGACUCUGCAAUCUCAUUGUUAGGUCUCUUUCGAGGGAAAAGCAGGAUGAGGUUGCAAGGAAUGUCUACAGGCUGUUCACUGAUGAUUUUGCGCCAAUUCCGUUUGCACAAUCCCCAAGCGAAGAUCAACAGCGGUCGAUGAUUAUCUCGACGUAUUUGCUUGCAGGACUGCCAAAGGAUUGCACAAACCUGCCUUACGCUGACCCCGACAUGUCGGGUUUGCUGUCAGACCUCAUUCAACGAUCAGUCGCAGAGAGCGAGCCAACAACUCGUCUUGCUUUCCUUCGCCACUUUUCCUUACUAGUCAACAAGUACCUUUCGAAGUCCGAUCUGGGUCUAUCAGCAAAACUAUUUGACUCACUUCUGCCCCCCAGUACAGAAGAUAGGAAGCUCAGCCCUAGUGUCAUAAAAACAGUAUUCUGGCUUUCCAAAGCCACAGUUCUACGCCUUGCGCCAACAACAACCCAAGUACUGACUUCUAUCUUGUCUCUUCUUUCAUCUUCGGACGAAGUAACAAGUACAACCGCCGCUCGUGGCUUCGCUAUUCUUCUUAGUGACGACGACGUACUUUCUACUACAAAUGGCGCUAAUAUCCGAUUGUUGGCGAAGCAACGUGUUUUUACAACAGUGGUGCCCAUUAUUUCUAGCAAGAUCCGCGAAGUUAACGUCGCUGGUGGUGAUUCUUCUGCACCAGACCAUGUCAAACCAGCAUAUCUGACCGCUUUAUCGGGAAUCCUCUCCACCAUUCAACCGUCUUUGGUGAUGCCAGAGCUUCCAACCUUGCUCCCUCUUCUACUGCAAAGUUUGGACCUCCAAACAGCGGACUCCCAAGCCGUUAGGGCUGCAACCCUCGAAACCCUCGCCGUCAUCAUACGCGAUAAUGGUGUCGCAGUGAUCGACCAAUGUGGCCAUGUUCAGAGCCUCGUCACCCGUUUGUUAAACACAACAGCAUACUCCCCCAAGGCUACUAGUACCGGGCCUGUGAACGGACCGCGGCUGCGUGUUGAUGCCCUGAAAUGCCUUUUCUUGCUGGCCCAGACCCCUAACGCGGAUGCGCCCGCGAUCGCCAGGGCCGGCAAGCUCUCCCCACUUCUACCAGUGAAGAACCAGGUCUUGCGUUCUCUACGGAUGGUCCUUGACGACCCUAAACGAGAUGUUCGUAAAACUGCUGUUGACGCUCGAGGAGCUUGGCUCAGAGGCGUUGAUGAUGCACCUGAGGAGGAGGAUUAGAUGAAUCGCAUCUCAUGUGGCUUUCCAUCUUUUUUCUCCUUUCUUCCAUGAUUUUUGAUAAUGACAAGACUUGAUGGGGUUUCAAGAUAUAUAGAUAUUUGGCGUUGGUCUGAAAAAUAAAAUUGGUCGCUGUUUUGUUUAUAUCAUGAUUAUUGGUCAUGCAACCAAGAUUAGCAUAUUCCAAUAGAUUUAUCAACUUGGGCAACAGGUUUCUUCUUGA